ACUUAGAUGACGUAUUAUUUUAGAGUUGUCUCGAGGACAGUAGUUCUAUACACAAUUCAUUCGGCAGUAUGACUCGAACGAAUACAGUUGUUGUUGUGGCGAUCUUAGCUUAUUGUACUCUGACAACCGCCACUUUCUGGAGGAUUGAACCCCGCAAUGAAACGGUACUGAUAGGCAAAACAGUUACAUUGCAUUGUGCUAUAAACUCUACGCAUAACGGAAAAGUUUACUGGAUUGUACUCCUUGACGGUCAGUACCUGAGCAUCGGGAACUCGAUAAGGGAGAAACUAGACCCUAAUAUUCGAGCUAGGUACGCUAUAGUUGGUAAUAGUUCUGCAGGGGAAUUUCACUUGCAGAUAAAAAAUGUAUCUAAAUCAGACGAGAAGACAUUUCUUUGUGCAUACAUUGGAACUACACCAUUACCACCAAGACAGGCUAAAUUAACUGUUCUUGUACCACCUAGUAAAGACUUUCCAAAAUGUGUAACAGAUCCUCCCGGGGAACUAUCUGUGGGGCAGGAGGUAACAAUAGCCUGUAUUUCUCUAGGAGGAGAUCCUCCGACUCGUCUAGAAUGGCAGCGACAUGAUGGUAAGCCAAGUAUUUCAAAGGUUGGUCGCUAUGCCCACACGUUUACUUUAAAGCCAAAGGAUAAUGGUAUGGUGUUUACUUGCAUUGGACGGUCAAAAGCACUUGAUAAGCCACGCUCGUGUCAAUUAAUGCCACUACGUAUUCCCCCAGUAGCGGUUGUGCACCAGCAGUUUCAACCAGCUCGUAUCGGUAUGGCGGCUAGCUUUUCAUGUAAAGGUGAAGCAGUACCGCACGUGAAACAAUACUACUGGACUUUAGGAGAUCAGUUGAUCACUAAAACUCCAGGUGUGUUUGAUCUUCGGGAUAAUAACCGUACUCUCGUCAUCUUGAAAUCUCGGGGCGCUUAUAAUGGAACUGAAGUUACAUGUUUUGUUGACACCCCUUCUGGUUUGAGUACCAAAGCUAGUACUAAGUUUAUUCUUUCAGAUUCAUUGCCUAUCGAGGAGUUACUGUACAGACAGGAUUUCUUCUUUUAUCUCAUUAGUGCAUGUACAAGUGCACUAUUUAUAAUUUUAAUUAUUGCUAUCGUUGUUGGAUGUUUACUGAAUCGUUCGUUACGACUAAAACAGGCGGAAGAAAAACUAAACGCGCAAACGAAAUUAAAGAAUGUUGAUUAUGAACUGACUCCUUUACAAAAAGAACUUACUCACUCUGACCAUAUGCGCUCUACUCAUAAUUUAUACACAUUUGAUCCAGACCCACUGGAAGAAAGAGAAUAUGCAUGCAUUGGAGACUUUACACCAAACGAUGAAGAAAGUGGUUAUCUUGUUCCUAACACAAGGCAUACACCGCCACCUCCUCCGCCACCGCCCCUCCCAUUCAACAAAAAAUCAGUAUCAUCAUCCGUACCUAUGUCUACAUUUCGACCUCACAGUGAGGUUGUGAAAAUGGCACAACUUGUUAGUGCGCCUCAGUUGACAUUGACGGCUCAUAACAAUAGGCUGCCACCAAUUGCCGAAAAUUACACGAACUAUAAACAGAGAAGCAAUCGAAUGAAAUAUGUAGAUAAAUCAUUAUGUACCUAUAAAUCGAAUCAAAUAACUGAAGUCGAAAAGCCAGCACCUGAAAACUCAGAAUUACAGACGCGGUUACAUCAUCCCAUGGCGAAUGAUUCUAGUCAAUCAAGGGAUGCUGUCGUAUGCACAAAAUUUCAGGUUGAACGCGAAUCAUCCGUCGUUGGGAAAUCAUUAUCAAGACAAACACCACAAACACAAAUUACAGGAAGAUGAAAUUGUAAUCAUACGUAACGAGAUAUUCGUAAGCAUUAGCAAUUAUGCUUAAUAUACCUUCUACAGUAUGUGAAUAAGAAUUUCUAAAAAGUUGAUUGCAUAACGAUAAAAUGCCAAGAAGCUCGUGAUAAAACAGCGGAUAUGAAGCAUAACGUGAAUUGCAAAUAUUUCAACGAAGACAUUCAGGCGAAAGGCAAGCAAACGACUGUUGAUGACCCAACACUAGGAGGGAACUAAUCGUGUAAGAGGAUGUAUAUUUUUGCCAGUAACAUUUAUAAGCAUAGAAUAAAUAUGUUAUUGCUUGAAGUAAUUAAUUAAUGGAGACAGGUACGAUGUAUCUGUUUUGAAACAACAACGAAGAGUGUAAAACAGCGUAUAGUAAACAUAGUUCACUACAUGACCAUGAAGAUUAUUGCAAUUCAUUACAAUUUGAAUAAUGAAAUAGGCCUAAAUCACAAUGAUAAUGGAAAAACGAUCGUCGAAUAAAAAAAAUGCAACAAACACAACAACGUAGAUAUGCAGAACGAGUUCAUGACACUGAUGAAACUUAUAAUGCUAUCAACACAUUCCUAAAAUGUGUUAACAUACGUGUAACAUGCGAUACAAAGACAUGUGACGAACCCUUAUGGAAACAGUAUGUAUUUCUGCUGGGACGUGACGAAGUUGGGAUAUUGAUCAAUAUAAUAGAACCGCACAACUUGCAGGACAAAACAAGCGGAAACAUUUUGAUCUAUUAAUUUUGUCAUACUAUAUCCCACACACUAUGUGAUUAAGUAGUAAACAUGUAGAUAUCGGACGUGCAGCGGACACGUGUUUCAACUAUGGACAAUCGCAGAUGUUUCUAUUUAUUAUAAUUUCUGCUGUAUUAUUUAUCCGCAGGAUGGAUUAAAGAAUGAUUUAUAACUACCAUAAAAUGUGUGUCGCUGUGGGUAGACCAAAUUAUGUGUUUUGUUCAUCAGUACUACAUGAAAAGGCAUUUCUAAUUCUGAUUUUCUUUAGUUAAGUUUUUCUCCCCUUUUCAUUACUUCAAUGUUCUCAAAAAUUAAUUCUGUAAACUUUUAGUAAUGAUUAAAUCAAGGGCAUCGGCAUAUGCAGCAGCAUCAACAACAUUUGGCAGUUUCGAUUAGGCCUACGUUAAAGCAUCUGUUAAUACAAGCUUGCGAAUAGGCCUAGUAUAUUAUAAUAAUAUAUAAAAGAUACAAGUUGUAGAUGGAUGCCGUAUGUAAUGAACAAGGACCAUAAACACAAUAAACCUAAAAUACGGCAAUAUAGCAUCAGGUGUGUAAUGAUCACAGUUAAACAAAAACAAGUACUAUACUAUAUAGGAAUAUACAAUAAAAAUGUAUAAGUUGUGCAUUUCUAAAUUUGAAUUGAAGGUGGAUGCUGGCUACUUGUGUUCUCGAGAAGACACGUUAUUUUAUGUUGUUUUAACCUACCUAGACACACUCGUGCUUUGGGUGUCGUGUCUGAUCAAUAUUAUGAGCUAUAUUAGCUAUAUCAAUACAUCAUAUUUCCCAAAAUAUUUAUCUACUUUGAUGAUAAACAAACAAUACCAGAGGGUUCGCUUAACUAAGCAAAAUCGUCUUUUUCAAGCGUUCUCUUCUAAAUGUGAUAUGAUUAACGAUUUUAGAAACACGACCAUAAUUGUUUUCUUUUGUUUUCAGAAUUUUAAGUGUUUUUAUUUUAAUAUAAAAUACUAUCAAGUUAAAUUAUACUCGUGUUUAUCAGUUUGAGCACACGUGUAGCCAGGUACAAAAUAAUCAUAAUCGAAACUAGUAUGUAAGAAAUUGAUUUUAUCAAAUUUUCAUUAAAUUAUCUCUAUGAAUCUAAAAGGAAAAAUCGAGAAGCCUAUGUAAACUGUCGGUAAAAAAUAAAAUCACCUCUCGAAUUCAAAGAUAACGUUUAAUUUGUUCAACAUACGUCAUAAUCGAAAUAUACGAGGUGAUGAACACAGCCAACUAACCCCGCGGUUGGGUCACGCUUUUCUUACUUUCUAUUUUGCAUCAAAUAUUGUGCUUACAUGCUUACAUAGAGAAUGAGGGUGUUAUGUUAAGUGCCUUGUGAAUUCAAAAAAAUGUUUAAUGUUGUAUGCAUUAUCAACAAAUGAUCUAAUUAGUUGAUCUAUUUGUAGAAGCGUUUGGCGCAACAGUUGUGGCACGGGCUCUCAAUCUUGAGUUCGAAACCCACUUUGCAAGUUGCUUGUGUCCUUGGGCAACGGACUUCAUCUACGUGGAGCCCAGGAUAUGUUCCAUAGAUGUUUGAUCCAGUGACCGGGGCCAGUGGGUAAUGAUGUAAGCGCAUAAAGGCAGAUUAUUGCAAUAUGCGCAAUAUAAAUGUCGCAUUACUAUUAUUAAUAUUAUCAUGUAAUUGCAGAGAUGUAGAUAUCGAUACAUAAAUGUAAAUAGAAUAUGUCUUCUUAUGUAUAAAUAAUUUUGUUAAAAUUAUGAACACAAAUUUAGAUUAUGUUGGUUUUUGUAAGCUAUAUUAAAUAAAGAUAUGU